AUGGCCACAAGUAUAAUAACUUCAAUAACAAAAAGCAUAAAUACCAGAGAUAAAACCAAUGAAACCUGGAAAAGAUAAUUGCUGUAGCUUUGAAAAAACUUUAAAUGAAAAGGAUAAAGAAAGAAGAGGAAGAAAAGAUUAAGAAAAGAAGAGGAAGAAAUAUUAAUAUAAAUAGGAAUUCAGGCAAUUAGCACAGGUUGUACAUCAAAAAUUGUGAAAAACAAUAAAAAAAAACCUGGUUAACAAAAUAAUU